UAUUAUCAUGCUGGAGACCUCAAUAUUGCUGGCAUUACUUCUCAGAAUUACGUGCUUUCACAUUCAAUAACAUUUGACAAAGCUCCCUCUCCUGAACUCUUUGAUGACAUCAUGGUGUUAACGCAGCAUUACCAGCAUAUCCUGGCACUGGUGUUUGCUGUAAAAGAAAUCAAUGAAAACUCACAUAUUUUGCCAAAUAUCACCCUGGGCUUCCAGAUCUAUAACAGCCAUUUCAGUGCCAGCUGGACUUAUCUUGCCUCACUGGAACUUCUCUCCACCUGGAAGAGGUUCAUUCCAAACUACAAGUGUGACAGCAGGAACAAUGCGGUUGCAGUCAUUGGGGGACCUAACUCAAACGUCUGCCUCCAUAUGGCCAUCCUAGGAAUCUACAAGAUUCCACAGCUGUCAUACGGUUCUGCUCCAGUUCUGGAUUACAAAACCCAAAAUGCUUUUGUCCAACAGAUGUUCCCCAAAGGCACCCAUCAGUACAAUGGGAUUCUUCGCCUACUUCUUCAUUUCAGGUGGACGUGGAUCGGGGUGCUGUAUCUCGAUGACGACAAUGGGGAGCGGUUCGUGCAGAAUGUGCUUCCGUUUUUUUCCCAGAGUGGCAUCUGCUUUGAUUUUAUUCAAAGACUCCCCAAACAAGGGUUUUCUAAUGCAGUAGAAACACUUGUGGAAGAAGGGAUUAAGACGUAUAAGAUCAUAACUAGGAACACUUCCAAUGUCUUAGUCAUACACGGAGAACUACAAACCAUGUCAGUUCUGAUACUGCUGCUAGGAAUAUCAGACUAUCUUGACAUGGCAAAAUCAAAAGGUAAAGUCUGGAUUCUGACAGCUCAGAUGGAUUUUGUGUCUUACUCUUUUAAAAAGCCACAGGACAUAGACUUCAUCCAUGGUGCUAUAUCUUUUGCAAUUCACUCAAAGGAUGUGUUAGGAUUCCAAACCUUUCUUCAGACCAGAAAGCCUAGCUCAGAAAAAGAAGAUGACUUUCUCCAGAUCUUUUGGGAACAUGCAUUUGAGUGUUCUUUACCCAAAUCCAACUUAGACAACAUAUCUGGGAGAGUCUGCACUGGGAAGGAGAAACUGGAAAGCCUCCCUACGACUCUUUUUGAAAUGAAGAUGACUGCCCACAGCUACAGUAUCUACAAUGCAGUCUAUGCUGUAGCACAUGCUGUGCACUUCAUGUAUUUAUCACAGUCCAAGCAGAGACGAGUGGGAAAAGAACAGCAGCAGAAGAAUCUUCUCAAUCAAGUCUCCUGGCAGCUCCACCCCUUUUUGAGAAGAGUUUCAUUCAACAAUAGUGCUGGUGACGUGACUUCUUUUAACCAAAAUGGUGAAAGAAUAGUGGGAUUUGAUAUUAUCAACUGGAUAACAUUUCCAAACCAGUCUUUUCAUAGAGUCAAAGUUGGAAUGAUAGACCCACAUGCUUCUUCAAAAAGUCUAUUUGUCAUUGAUGACGAUCAUAUUGUGUGGCCUAACAGGUUUAAUCAGGGGUAUCCUCUUUCACUGUGUAAUGACAAUUGCCAAGAGGGUUUCAGUAAAAGAAAGAAGGAAGGGAAGCCAUUUUGCUGUUACGAUUGCUUUCCAUGUCCAGAAGGGAAGAUAUCGAAUCAGAAGGAUGCAGAUGCCUGUUUCCCAUGUCCGAUAAAUCAGUAUCCAAACCCUCAACAGCAUUUAUGCAUUCCAAAAACUCUAAGUUUCUUGUCUCAUAAAGAACCUUUAGGGGUCUCUUUGGCUGUUCUUGCUCUUUUCUUUUCUUUCCUGACCACAGUUGUGCUUUGGCUUUUCAUUAAGCAUCGAGACAUGGCCAUAGUCAAGGCCAAUAACCGGAGCCUCACCUACGUUCUCCUCAUCUCUCUCCUGCUCUCCUUCCUCUGUGCUUUGUUGUUCAUUGGGCCACCAGAGAAGGUCACGUGUGUCCUUCGCCAAACUGCUUUUGGCCUCAUCUUUUCACUAGCAGUUUCUUCUAUCCUGGGCAAAACCAUCAUUGUGGUUCUGGCCUUCGUGGCCACCAAGCCUGGGUCCAAGCUUAGGAAAUGGCUGGGGAAAAGGCUGGCUCACUCCAUCAUCCUUUCCUGUUUGCUGAUUCAAGCUACUAUUUGCACUGCAUGGCUGUCAACAGUUCCCCCAUUCCCAGAUGCCGAUAUGUCCUCGUUGAAUAAGGAGAUUAUACUGGAAUGUAAUGAAGGCUCCUCUACCAUGUUCUACUGUGUCCUGGGCUUCAUGGGAUUCCUGGCCAUGGUCAGUUUUACUGUGGCUUUUCUAGCUAGAAAACUACCUGACAGCUUCAAUGAAGCUAAAUUUAUCACCUUCAGCAUGCUGGUCUUUUGCAGUGUUUGGCUCUCCUUCAUUCCCUCCUAUCUGAGCACCAAGGGAAAAUACAUGGUAGCUGUGGAGAUUUUUUCCAUCUUGGCCUCCAGUUUUGGGCUACUGGGAUGCAUUUUUUUCCCCAAAUGUUUUAUCAUCUUGAUGAUACCUGAUUUAAAAAUUGGAACAUCUUUAACAAAAAGAAAUCAGUAA